UUGUUAUUAGUGGUGUUGCUGACGAUUAGAUACAAAGCUGCGGCGUUUUAUACAAUAUAUUAGGAAUUCAGCACCUUCUGGACUAGUUCGCCGUGCGGGGGCGAUACACGCGCAAUGAAAUUCAAAAACUGAAGUGCAUAUUAUCCCACAAUUUAUUUUUAGAUAGUUAGUUAAUUUAAAUUACUCGUAUAUAAUAAAUUAUAAAUAAGAUGGAAAACGGAGAUAAAAAAACAACUGAUGAAAACAAGGCAAAGGAAAGGAAACCAAACAAUCCGAAUAUUUUAUCCUCUCUAUUUGUAUGGUGGAUGUGCCCAGUAUUUUUAACUGGCAAUAAAAGAGAUUUGGAGGAAGAAGAUCUUAUUGUUCCGACAAAUAAAUACGAUUCUGAGCAACUUGGGGCAUAUUUUGAAAGAUAUUGGCUAGAAGAAUAUGAACGUGCAACUAAAGAAAAUAGGAAGCCAUCAUUAUGGAAAGCGAUGCGACGGGCGUACUGGUUGGCUUACAUGCCUGGAGCUUUGUUCGUAGUAACCGGGGCUGUCUGUCGAACAGUGCAACCUAUGCUAUUUGCCGAACUCCUAUCUUACUGGUCAGUUGAUAGCAACAUGACUCGGUACGAUGCUGGUUUCUAUGCGCUAGCUAUGUUGGGACUUAAUUUUGUCGCCGUGAUGUGCCAACACCACAAUUCGUUAUUCGUGGCGCGAUUCGGAUUGAAAAUCAAAGUUGCGACAUCCUCACUCAUCUUCAGAAAAUUGUUGCGGAUGAGUCAAGUAGCUUCAGGAGACAUCGCCGGUGGCAAACUAGUCAAUUUGCUUUCAAAUGACGUUGCAAGAUUUGACUACGCUUUCAUGUUUCUGCACAAUCUCUGGGUGAUUCCUAUACAAGCAGCUGUUGUCCUUUAUUUCUUAUACGUAGCCGCAGGCUACGCUCCAUUCGUCGGAUUGUUUUUCGUUAUUUUACUAAUUCUUCCUCUACAAGCUGCGUUAACGAAAUUGACGGCUAUUAUUAGGCGAGACGUGGCACAGAAAACUGAUAGAAGAAUCAAAUUGAUGAGCGAAAUCAUAAACGGUAUUCAGGUCAUAAAAAUGUACGCUUGAAAACCUUUCCAAUUAGUUGUGAAGGCAGCACGGGCGUUAGAAAUGCGGGCCUUGAGAAAAUCCAUCUUCAUCCGGAGUGUAUUCCUUGGAUUUAUGCUGUUCACAGAACGCACUAUACUGUUCGUCACAACGCUAACCCUUGUGCUCACCGGCAAUAUAAUCACUGCAACAUUGAUAUAUCCUAUACAACAAUAUUUUAGUAUAAUUCAAAUGAACCUUACCAUGAUAUUGCCUAUAGCUAUCGCUAGUUUUUCUGAAAUGUUGGUGUCAUUAGAACGUGUUCAAAGUUUCCUUGAAAUGGAGGAGAGAGAAGAUUUGGCACGGACGCCGAAAUCAAAUGGUAUUAUAAAUAGAAUCACUUUUAAUUCUAAAAAUGGUAAAAAUAAAGAAACGGAUAUAGUUAUGCCACAAAGUUAUUCAAAAAAAGAUAAUUUUAUGAGAACACAGUCAAUAGAACAAAAUCCGCGCAGAGAGUCUCUCGCUGGCCAAUAUGCAAUAGAACUGAAUAGAAUUAGCGCGUCGUGGACAACUUCUACGGACCCUGCUGAUUUAACACUCAGAAACAUAAGUUUACGAUUAGGCGCUGGUAAACUCUGUGCCAUCAUUGGACCUGUCGGUUCUGGCAAAUCGUCUAUUCUUCAAGCUAUCCUUAGAGAGUUACCUCUUUCUGAAGGCAAUGUGAAUAUUAAAGGAAGGAUUUCGUACGCCUGUCAAGAAUCUUGGCUUUUCCCAGACACUGUGCGAGAAAAUAUUUUGUUUGGUCUGCCUUAUGAUGCCCGAAAGUAUCAGGAGGUAUGCAAAACUUGUUGUUUAUUGCCAGAUUUUAAGCAGUUUCCAUAUGGCGAUCUUUCUUUAGUCGGCGAACGCGGAGUUUCGUUGUCAGGAGGACAAAGAGCUAGAAUUAAUCUAGCUAGGGCUAUUUACCGGGAAGCUGAUAUUUACUUACUAGAUGAUCCUUUGUCUGCUGUGGACGCAAAUGUGGGAAGACAGUUAUUUGACGGAUGUAUAAGAGGCUACCUAAAGGAUCGUACGUGCAUUCUUGUUACUCACCAGGUUCAUUAUGUGAAAGCUGCCGACGUCAUUGUUGUGUUGAAUGAAGGAAGAAUAGAAAAUAUUGGAACGUACAAUGAACUAAUUGAGUCCGGAAAAGAGUUUUCUAAAUUGUUAUCAAAUCAGGAAAGUGAUAAAGAUGAUAAUGAUGCCAGCGAGGGUAAAAGACCAUCAAUACAGCGAGGCAUAUCCAAGAUCUCAACAAAGAGUGGAGAUACACCGGAAGGUGAAAAAGCCCAGGUUUUAACGUCAGAAGAAAGAACUAAAGGAAACCUAAAAUGGGAAGUGGUGUACAAAUACCUGACAUCCGUCGGCUCCUGGUUCAUAGUGUUCUUGGCUUUACUGACGUUGUUGAUAACACAAGCCUCUGCAACCAUGGCUGACUACUGGCUUAGUUAUUGGACCAACCAGGUGGAUCAAUACGAGCAAUCUUUAGGUGAAGGAGAGGAGCCUGAUUCGGGUUUGGGUAUUGUAAUGGGAUCUCUAACUACUGGCCAAUAUCUAAUUGUGUAUGGGAGUGUAGUAAUAGGACUUAUUGUUAUAUCGCAUAUUAGAAUUCUAAAUUUUGUAAUAAUGACAAUGAAAGCAUCGGAAAACCUUCACAACACAGUAUACAAGAAACUAAUUAUAUCAGUUAUGAGAUUUUUUGACACCAAUCCUUCUGGUCGAGUGUUGAAUCGAUUCUCCAAAGAUUUGGGCGCUAUGGACGAGUUCCUGCCGCGUAGCAUUUUGGAAACAGUACAAAUGUAUUUGUCAAUGACAAGUAUUCUUGUUUUGAAUGCCAUUGCUUUACCCUGGACGCUAAUACCCACCGUCAUAUUAAUGAUUAUAUUUAUUUUCUUCUUAAAAUGGUACCUGAAUGCUGCACAGGCUGUAAAAAGAUUAGAAGGAACGACAAAAAGUCCUGUGUUUGGUAUGAUUAAUUCAACAUUAUCAGGAUUAUCAACUAUAAGAAGUUCAAACUCUCAAAACAGACUGCUCAAUAUGUUUGAUAGUGCACAGAAUCUCCACUCGAGUGCGUUUUAUACAUUUGUCGGUGGUGCAAACGCAUUUGGUUUGUAUUUGGACGCACUCUGCCUCGUAUACCUCGGUAUUAUAUUGGGUAUCUUCCUUGGGAUUGACUUUAGUACCAUUAUUCCUGUCGGCAGCGUGGGGUUAGCCGUGAGUCAAUCGAUGAUUCUAACAAUGAUGCUUCAAAUGGCUGCUCGCUUCACUGCCGACUUUUUGGGACAAAUGACCGCUGUUGAGAGAGUGUUGGAAUACACUCAUUUACCUACGGAAGACAAUAUGGAUGACGGUCCUAUCAAGCCUGCUGAUCAUUGGCCGCCAAAAGGAAAAAUUGAGUUUAGAAAUGUGUUCUUAAACUACGGACCUGAAGAUCCUUCCGUUUUGAAAAACUUAAACUUUGAAAUCCAGGAAGGUUGGAAGGUGGGUGUUGUAGGAAGAACCGGUGCUGGAAAAUCUUCGUUAAUAUCAGCGCUAUUCAGAUUGUAUAAUAUUCAAGGAUCAAUCACAAUAGACGGACUCGAUACUGACGGCAUUGCUAAAGCGCGGCUGCGGUCGAAGAUAUCCAUCAUCCCUCAAGAGCCGGUGCUGUUCUCGGCUACUCUGCGAUACAAUUUGGAUCCGUUUAACAGCUACAGUGACGACGAAAUUUGGCGGGCUUUGGAACAGGUUGAACUUAAAGAAGUGGUACCCGCACUAGAUUACAAAGUUACCGAAGGAGGCAGUAAUUUCUCCAUGGGACAGCGUCAGUUGGUGUGUCUGGCUCGGGCGAUACUGCGGUCGAAUAAGAUCCUUGUGAUGGAUGAAGCUACUGCUAAUGUUGAUCCUCAAACGGACGCGUUAAUUCAGAAGACGAUACGUCGCCAGUUCGCGACGUGCACAGUGAUCACGAUCGCGCAUCGACUGAACACAAUCAUGGACUCGGACCGCGUGCUGGUCAUGGACAAGGGAUCCGUUGUGGAGUUCGAUCACCCUCACAUUCUACUCAGUGACCCCAACAGCAGUUUCAGCUCUAUGGUACGCGAGACUGGAGAAAGCAUGACUAGAGUACUCAAAGAUGUUGCCAAAAAUAAAUAUUUAAGUGAUUAUCCUGAUGCAGAAAAAUAAGUUAAUGUUGUGAAUUGUGAUAAUUAAAUUAUUUAAGAUAAA